GCUCGUCUCUGUGCACAUCAAAACUUAAACACACAAAUCCCCUUAGAGAGAGAAGAUCGGUUUGAGCAAGAAGACGAUGAUGAAGGUAGGUCUGGUUCUGUUCCUGAUGGCCUUGACUGCAACUGUGGAGGCUCGCUUCGAUGCAAACAACUUCCUGGCUCAGAUGUUCAAUGACAAUAAUGAACCAAACUACUUCAUCAAGUCCACCACCACUGCGUGCUGCGACUCGUGCAUCUGCACUAAGUCAAACCCUCCUCAGUGCCACUGCAGAGACAUCGGAGAAACUUGUCACUCUGCUUGCAAGUUAUGUGCCUGCACUCGCUCCAUUCCUCCACAGUGUCGUUGUCUUGAUACCACCAACUUCUGCUAUGAUAAAUGCUCCUCUACUUCUGCUCAACCUCAGAUUGCAGCAAACUGAAGAUGAUUCACAUUAAUGGUGUCAUCAUGUCAUGUUUAUGUGAACAACAGAGCCUGUUACUACUGUAGGCUUUGCUUCUAUAUGUAUGUGAACCUUCCCUUAUGAAAUAAACUAUCUUGUGCCUUGCAUGCUUGCCCGUUUGCUUCUUGCAAGCUGGUUACUUAUUCAAGGACUUGAUACUGUUCUAUCA